UCCUGACACCAAUCCAUUACAUAUUCUGGCUCAAGCACGGCGCAUGACCGGCAGUAGGCAGCAGGUCCUGGAUUUGAAACUGAGCCUAUACCGAUCCUGAAACCGAUACUGAACAUACACCGGUUCAGGCAUCAAUACUGGUCAUACUGGUCCAAGAAUUGAUUUUGAACCCAUACCUGUACUGGAACAUAUCAAGAAUUAAUUCCGGUCUUGGAACCGAUCAUGUACCCAUACUGACCCUGACACUGAUCAUGAAUCCCAACUGGUCCUGGAAUUAAUGCUGUACAGCUCCUGCAACCUGUCAUGAACCUGUGCCGUUCCUGGAACCGAUCAUGAACCCAUACUGCUUCUGGUAUCUAACAUGAACUCAUACCGGCCCUGGUACUGAUACUGAACCCAUAUCGGUUCUGGAACUGCUCAUGAACCCAUACCGGCCCUAGAACCUAUCAUGAACCGAUACUGGUCCCGGAACCUAUCAUGAAUCCAUACCGGUCCUAGAACCAAUCAUGAACCCAUACAGCUCCUGAAACCUAUCAUGAAUCCGUACCUGCCCUGGAACCUAUCAUGAACACACCUGCCCUAGAACCUGUCAUGAACCCCAACCGGCCCUGGAACCAACCAUGAGUCCAUACUGGUCCUGGAGCCGAUCAUGAAUCAAUAAACGUCCUGAAACUAAAAAUAAACCUAUAAAGGACCUGGAACUGACUAUGAACCCGGUCUGAUCCGGAAAUAGCUCCCGAUUAUAAUUAGUAUCAAAAACAAUACCGGGAACUGUUCUGGAUUCGGAUUUGGACCGAUACUUGGAAUUAGGUCCGAGUCUGGAACCGAUACAAUUCCAGUUCCAGUCGACAAACCAUACCGAAUGGAAACUGUGCAACAUAUGAAUAGUGUGGGAAACAGCGUACGAACUUUAGUAGAAUGUGUGUUGUGAACCUGGAUUUCCUAUUUUUCUAUGCAAACGUAGAAUCGGCAUGGGAGGAGCUAGCAGAUAAAAAAAAAAGUCAAAUCAAUUUCGGUUACUUUUUGAAAUGGAAACGCAUGGAGCGCCGGUAAAACCAACGGCAAAUCGAAUGUAAAGUUACUAUAAAAAGAAGCUAUAAAAUGUUUAUAUCUCGCUACAAUCAAACGAUGUGAACGGGCACCAACCGUAAAGUGCAAUAAUGCACUUUCAAAUGUUUUCAAAUAUGAAUUAAAAACUGCGGAUGCAUGCAUGCCCACUGCGGAGAGAAUUUAUUUCCUCUUUCGUAAUAAAUCGCUCACUGAAAAUAAUACAAGGAAGCUAAACUAAACAUCAGCGCACAGCGAGCAAGCACACACUUUUGGAACGCACUGUGACCGGGCCAGCUGUCAAUUUGUGCGCAUCGAAUGUAAACAAACAAACCGGUGUGCGGGUGUUUUGGUUCGGUCCGGCAGCACAGUCGUGCCAGGUAACUGAAAAGACAUGCGGUGCUAAAACUUAAUACUAGAUUGUGAUUGCUCAGGUUUUUCUUUUGCAGCAUUGUGAUAUGAAACGAUUAACGAAACGUUCAGCCAAAGAGUAUGCAAAGCCAUGUUCCAAACAGCCUUCAAGUACUACAAGUCGAGAAAUCCGCCACCUUCGUUCGAGGAUGUGCUGCUGAUCGGUAGCGACCAUCCAAACCUGAAGCCAGUACGGUUGGGCAACAUCGAUGGGCAAUGUUUCACGGGCCUGCUGUCACCGAGCGAAUGGAAGGUGCACGAACUGACCAGCCGUCCCGGGCUGCUCGUCGUGGCCAAUCCGUUCACUGCCGAGGCACAGCGGCAGUGGAUGACGCGUAGCUUGGCCGAUUAUCCGACCCCUCCCAACACCACCAACCAGAGCGGCGUGGGCCAGCUGGCGCGGGACGCUGUCGGCAGCUGGUGGGAGCAGCUGCAAACCAUACCGACCCCGGCCGAGCGACGCAAGUUCGCCAAAAGUUUGCGCUGGGCCACGCUGGGCUAUCAGUACGAUUGGACAAACAAGCUGUACGACGAGGCACGGCGCGAACCGUUCCCAUGCGAGCUCGGUGCGCUGGUCCGGUACGUCGCGACCACCCUCGGCUACGAUCGCUUCUCGCCGGAGGCGGCCAUCGUGAACUACUAUCCGGCCGGGGCGACACUAGCCGGCCACACGGACCACUCGGAGGACGAUCAAACGGCGCCUCUGUUUUCGUUCAGCUUCGGCCAGCCGGCAGUGUUUCUGAUCGGCGGCACUAGCCGGGAGGAGCACCCGGACGCCCUGCUGCUGCGGAGCGGCGACAUCGUCGUUAUGACGGGGGCGAGCCGGCUGUGCUAUCAUGCGGUGCCGCGCGUUUGUAUCGACGCGGAGCUGCCCGAGGGCCUGGGCUGCAGUGCGGCACGGUGGGCAGUGUUGGAUGCGGAGCGGCCGGGCGCGGUGCAGUGGGGCGCUGCCGUCGAGGAGUACAUGCAGCACAGUCGCAUCAACAUAAACGUUCGGCAAGUGUUGCGGGAAAACCAACAGACGCUGCAGCGGUCCGGGUUGGGCUGAGCAGUGGGAGAGCUGUAAAAGUGUGUGUGUGUGUUAAAAUGCUAUAAAUGUAUUGGUAAUGAGCCGA